AUGACUGUCACCUGGACAACUUACAAACCAACGCCAACUUUAGUUCAAUAUGGCACUAAAAAAGACAGUCUAAACUUAGAAACCACUGGAAACUUUACUACUUUUGUUGAUAAUGGCAAUCGAACUCACUACAUUCAUCGAGUUAGAUUGUUAGGUCUUAACCUAAAAACCACAUAUUACUACAAAUGUGGCUCAAAAGAAGGUGAAAUGAGCAAAGUUUUCAAGUUCAAAACGCUGACUGACUCUACUGACUGGAAGCCGACUAUGAUUGUCUACGGUGAUUUAGGAGUUUCAUACGGAGAAACUAUUCCCUAUUUGAUUCAAGAAGCAGAAAAUGGCACCGUUGAUGUUGUCUUUCACAAUGGUGACUUUGCAUACGAUUUGGGCACGGACAACUCAAAAUUAGGCGACACGUUUAUGCGGCUGAUGGAGCCAAUGGCUACAUUAGUUCCCUAUCAAACUAGCAUUGGAAACCAUGAAACUGGAUCUAUGGAAAAUUACAUCAACUACAUGAACCGCUUCACAAUGCGCGACAUGAUAGCUGAAACACAGCUAGAAAACAACGUCCACUACUACACUUUUUACCUUGGAAGUGCCCUGAUGAUUAGCAUCAACAAUGAAAUAUACAUCAAAGAGUCCUCAAGAGCAACGAUGAAACCGAAAUUUAAGAAGGAGCAGGAGGACUGGCUU